AUGAGUCUAUCAAAGCACCAAGAAUUUGACAUAAUCGACCCGGAAGGGACAGAUCCUGUCGACAGUGAUGCUACAGAACCCUUCCUCCACAGUGACAGUAACCGGGAGUCUCGGCACAGCAGUGUUUUCCGCUCUCCAGCAUGGGUUAUAUCGACACUUGUUUUGCUCCUUGUACUCCUUAUCCAGAGUCUCUAUGUAUUCGCACAACCAAGAAGAUUGAAAAAUUCAUAUGAGCACGGGUUCGACACUGAACUUGAUUUUAUGAAGCCAGCUAUCAAGCUGCAUCAGAAACGAUUCGGCAGCCCCAUACGAGACUUACCGAAUGGAACUUUAUACACCGUCUUCGACCCUUCUGAGCCGCGUUACAUCGGAUCCCCUUCGGCAGAAAUCGACGAUGCAUGGAAUACUCUCUUACAAGGUCGAUACAUUCUAUUCUCUGACGACGAUGUGAGUUGGCUCGACUCGGAUGACGGACUCCCCAAACUCCAUUCCUUGCCCGCCCGCGGCACUGCUAUUCCUAAAACCGGCUACUACGGCGGGCCCGACAUGCUCCAUAGCUUACACUGUGUGAAUGCCAUCCGCCAGCAUCUUGAUUUCGAGUAUUACAAGGAUCAUAUGUGGUUGCCAGAAGAGUACCAGCGGAUGCAUAUCGAUCAUUGCCUUGAGCAGCUGAGACAGUCGACUCUGUGCCACGGUGAUAUGACGCCAGUCACGCUCAAAGCGAUAUGGACGGAUCAGCCCCGGUGGGCGGCGUUGGGCCAGACGGAGAGAAUGCAUACAUGUCGGGAUGGCAUGGCCUUGAGGGAGUGGACAUGGAAGAGAGGAGAUAAGACGGGGAGAAUCACCUUGGGUGGAUAA